AUGUCUCUUAUGAUAAGAUCCCUUCUCAGAACUCAAUAUUCCCUACGAGGAUUCAGAAGAUACUCAGUGGAAGCUCAAUCGCCAAUCGCGUUUGUGUUCGAUAUUGAUGGCGUUCUUUUGAGAGGAAAAAAGCCUAUUCCCCAGGCCCACGAGGCUUUAUCAUUACUCAAUGACAAGAAAAUUCCAUUCAUUCUUCUCACGAAUGGAGGUGGGGUGACUGAGCAAGACCGAGUGAAGUUCUUGUCAGAGAAACUAGAUAUCCCACUCUCGAAACAUCAAAUUGUGCAGAGUCAUACUCCAAUGGAAGCAUGGGCGAGAAGUGAACAAUUCCAGCGAGUGUUGGUUGUUGGUGGUGAGAAUGACAAUUCUAGAACUGCUGCAUUGAAUUACGGUUUCAAGGAUGUAGUGAUGCCAAUUGAUAUUGUCAAAGCCUUCCCUGCUGCCUCGCCUCAUCAUCGCUUUACAGCCAAAGACUUCCUGGAAUACGCAAAAGAUGUUGAUUUCCUGAAGCCAGUUGACGCGAUUCUCGUGUUCAACGAUCCUCGUGACAUGGGCACGGACAUACAGAUCGUAUCAGAUAUGCUCAAUUCUGUGGACGGUAUGGUCGGUACCAAGAGAUCAAUUCCCGUGGAAAUACCAGAGAAACCAUCCAUUCCGAUUGUGUUCAGUAACAAUGACUUUUUGUGGGCUAAUGAUUACAAUUUGCCCCGUUUCGGUCAGGGAGCAUUUAGAAUGAUCAUUGAGCGCCUUUACACAGAGACAAACUCGCUCAGCAAGUCUCAAACGUUGCAGUCAACAAUUCUCGGGAAACCGUUCAAGCUUCAACAUGACUACGCUCACUGGGUAUUGAUCGAGUGGAACAAGAUUCUUCAUGGCCACCAAGAGCACGAUUUCAGGCCUCAAUUAGGAAAGGCACCCGAAAAUUCGCCCUUCAAAACAUUGUAUAUGGUUGGAGAUAACCCGGAGUCUGAUAUCCAUGGUGCCAUAAACAGUAACUGGGAGUCAAUUCUUUUGAGAACUGGUGUCUACAAAGAUGAGGACUGGAAAUCAACAAAGCACAGACCAACGGUAGGAGUUUUUGACAAUGUUCUCGAAGGUGUUAAAGCUGUUGUUGGAAUUUAA